AGCAUAUCUCAGUUAGCUUGUGUUCUUUACAGCUGCUUAUCUACCUCUGUCAACCCACCCGUUCAUUAAUAAUCCUUUAAAAAUGUAGCUUGCCUUUAUAUAUUUGUCUUCAACCAUCACUUCGAACGAUAUCUGUCAGGUUUCGACAGAGAGUCAAAUGCAUAAGUCAGAAGGUGGACCUGGUCCAUCUCAGAAAGAGCAUGAUGCUGCCAAAAUAGUGAAACGCUCAUUAGUGGAGGAUUUUUCGUAGGCUUGAAUACCCAUUAAAUGCUUCUCUUCACUUCCAGUUUCUUAGGCUAGUGUUUUGAUCUUAGUCUCUCCAGUAAACACUAAAUUGUGUCCCAUUAAUAAUGCUGUUCUCUCUGCGAGAGCUGGUGCAAUGGCUGGGCUUUGCCACAUUCGAGCUGUUCCUCCACUUGGGCGCGCUGCUGGUCUUCAGUGUGCUGGUGGCCCUACACAUGGACGUGGACAAGCAGACUCUUAAGAUGAGCUGGUGGCUUGUCUUCUCACCCUUGUUUGCUGCUGAUGGCCUCAGCACUUACUUCACAGCCAUUGUAUCCAUCCGCCUCUAUCAAGAAGGAGAGAAGCGGCUGGCAGUGCUGCGCUUGCUGUGGGUGCUGACCGUGCUCAGCCUCAAGCUGGUGUGUGAGGUGCUGAUAUGCCAGAAAUUGGCCGAACAGGACCAGGCAAGUGAUUUGUGGUUUGGGCUUAUCGUUUCCCCCCUUUUCAUCCUUCUGCAGCUGCUCAUGAUUCGUGCUUGUCGUGUCAAUUAAAGGACAACCCAUCUGCACACAUGACAGUGGACUUAUGUGAAUGAAAUGGACUCCUGUAGGUCUCAUUCAAACCAGGAGU